AUGUCAAAUCCAAAUUCUGUCGCAGCUCCCAGCGGACUAAUAUACGUUAAAACAUUAUCCGGAAGAACCAUAACAAUAAAUGCCGAAUUUUCUAUGAAAGUUGAAAAAUUAAAAUCAUUAAUCCAAGAUGAAAUCGGUACACCAAAAGGUCAACAACGAUUAAUUUUUGUGAGAAAACAACUUGAAGAUGGAAAUACUUUAGAAUAUUACAAUAUACAUACUCAGUCAACUAUUCAUUUAGUAAUGAGGUUAAAAGCAAGUGGACAGUUAUUCGUUAAGACUCUUUCUGGACAAACCAUUACAAUAAAUGCCGAAUUUACUAAGACAACUAACCAAUUAAAAUUGGCAAUUCAAGAAAAGAAUGGGACACCAACAAAUCAACAACGAUUAAUUUUUGCUGGUAAACAACUUGAAGAUGGACGUACUUUAGGAUCUUACAAUAUACAAAAUGAAUCAACUAUUCAUUUAUUAAUCAGAUUAAAAGGAUUCAAUUAUGAUUUUACAAAUAAAAAUGAUAAUGGGAAGACUUUUGUACGAGGAAAUUGUGAAUAUAAACGUCCUUGUGGUUGGAACAGAAUCGCUCUUAAUGUUCUUGACAAAUAUGAAAAUAAUAUUUGGCUAAGUUUUCUUAUCAUGGAACUGCCAAACAUAAUAAUUGCAUUUCAAUUGCUUAAGAUGGUUAAAGGAAAGCGCUUCAUGUUUGGGCUAGGAAUUUAUUCAACACCAGAUAUUGAAGUCGCAUCUGUAUAUGCUAUUAAAUUCACUCAUGAGGAGAUACAUAUAAAGUUGUCGUUCUUAUGGGAUCUGAAUUAA